GCUAGCUGCCCUGGAGAGGAGACUACUCGCCUGUGCUCCGGGUGAGAUGGACGGACUCUGAGUGCCGCUGUGUCCUGUACGUGUGCUCCGGGCGGGUUACUGUUGACAUGGCAGUGUGCUAGGUCCUAGUUCACACUAUGGAGAUCCCGAUGGGACCAUGUUCAUUGAUAUGAAGUAUUUGUGGUUGCCGAGACUUUUUAACUUCUGAUGGCAUCCGAAUCUAUGCUCCCCGGCCAACCCAAGCAACCACAGACGAAGGGGAGAAGGAAGUUCCAUCAGGACAAGUCCUUCACAAGCGACAGUGAGGGUGAUGGAUCGUAUGUCUUUGAAGCUGAUGAAGCUUGGAAGGAGUUUCACAGCUCACUUCUCCAUUUCUAUGAAGUGGGGGAGCUGUGUGACAUCACACUUAAGGUUGGUUCUAAGCUGAUUCCAUGCCACAAACUUGUGUUGGCCUGUGUGAUACCAUAUUUCCGUGCCAUGUUCCUGUCUGAUAUGGCAGAGGCGAAGCAAACACUCAUUGAGAUACGUGACUUUGAUGGGGAUGCCAUUGAAGACUUGGUAAAGUUUGCAUAUUCAUCACGAGUCACCCUCACUGUUGAUAACGUUCAGCCCCUUCUGUACGCCGCCUGUAUUCUUCAAGUGGAACUGGUUGCCAAGGCUUGUUGUGAAUAUAUGAAGUUACAUUUUCACCCUUCAAACUGCCUGGCUGUCAGGGCUUUUGCCGAAAGCCACAAUCGUGUGGACUUGAUGGACAUGGCUGACCGCUAUGCUUGUGACCAUUUCCCUGAGGUGGUGGAGUGUGAGGAUUUUGUUAGUAUGUCCCCUCAGCACCUUUACAAACUGCUGUCUUCUGGAGAUCUGAACAUUGAGAGUGAGAAGCAGGUCUACAAUGCAGCUAUAAAGUGGCUCCGUGCUAAUCCGCAGCACCAUGAAGUAUGGCUCAAUGAGAUCCUGUCUCAGGUUCGCCUGCCUCUCUUGCCCGUUGAGUUCCUUAUGUCAGUUGUGGCCAAGGAAUAUGUCAUCAGACAGGACUUGAAAUGCAGAGAUCUGCUGGAUGAAGCAAAGAAUUAUCACCUGCAUUUAAGCAGCCGGGCUGUUCCUGAUUUUGAGUACUCUAUUCGCACGACCCCCAGGAAACAGACUGCUGGUGUUCUGUUUUGUGUGGGAGGACGUGGCGGUUCGGGUGACCCAUUUCGCAGCAUUGAAUGCUACUCGAUCAGCAAAAACGGCUGGUUCCUUGGGCCUGAAAUGAACAGUCGCAGAAGACACGUGGGUGUAAUCUCUGUGGGAGGCAAGGUGUAUGCUGUUGGUGGGCAUGAUGGAAACGAACAUUUGGGUAGCAUGGAAGUAUUUGACCCUUUAACAAAUAAGUGGAUGAUGAAGGCAUCAAUGAAUUCAAAAAGGAGAGGCAUUGCCCUGUCUUCACUUGGUGGCCCAAUCUAUGCCAUUGGAGGACUGGAUGACAACACUUGCUUCAAUGAUGUGGAAAGAUACGAUGUGGAAUCUGACCGGUGGACAGCUGUGGCACCAAUGAUUACCCCACGUGGAGGUGUUGGAUCUGUUGCUCUAGUGAAUCAUGUCUAUGCCGUGGGAGGAAAUGAUGGUGUUGCUUCCCUGUCAAGUGUGGAGCGGUAUGACCCACAUCUGGACAAAUGGAUAGAUGUGAAGGAGAUGGGCCAGCGAAGGGCUGGCAACGGAGUUAGUGAACUUCAUGGCUGCUUAUACGUUGUAGGUGGAUUUGAUGACAAUUCUCCACUGAGUUCAGUAGAAAGAUAUGACCCCCGAGCCAACAAGUGGGAAUAUGUUGCAGAGCUAACUACCCCAAGGGGUGGAGUGGGCAUAGCAACUUUAAUGGGCAAAAUAUAUGCGGUUGGAGGUCAUAAUGGAAAUGCUUAUUUGAAUACUGUGGAGUCCUAUGACCCAGUUAUCAACAGAUGGGAGCUUGUUGGGUCCGUGGCUCACUGUCGGGCUGGAGCAGGGGUUGCAGUCUGUGCUUGCUUGAGUAGCCAGAUCCGGGAUAUUGGCCAGGGCUCGAGCAACGUGGUAGACUGCAUGUAACCAACAGAACCGGAUUCUUCGCAAUUCCUAAGCAAACUACGUUUAGUAUCAUAUCCUAAUGUCUGACUUCUUUGCUAGGAACGUCGUCUGUAUAUAUCAGUGUUCAGGAAUUGCACUUGUAUUAUACUUCCUCCGAUGCUGUGUGUAAGCAAUGGGCAAUAAGUCUAACUUCCUGUAUGUACUUUUUACAAAACUGCAGACUUAACGGUUAUACUUUAAUUUAUUUGUUGAAAUGCCAAAUGUCUUUUACAUAGUGGCUUCACGAUUUAUGCUAUCUGUGUAUAUAGUAUGCACUGUUUGGACAUUUUUGUGUGUGUAUAUAAGUGUAUUUAUUGAAAUGUUGUGGAUUAACAUACAAGACACUAGUUUUCAAAAUUGACAUUAAAAAUG